CUAUCAUUGAAUUAGUUCUUAAAUUUUCUCAUUUGUACGAAAAGGUGAAGAAAAUUCUCAGACAAACUGACAGACAUAUGAACAGAUAAGUGAUAUAAGGUUUCAAGGCAAGAAAAAGACACAAAUGGCUCAACUUGAUCCUGCACAAAAAAAUUCACAGACAUCCAAAAGUACUCUCCAGUCCAACUCACCAACUUUUGGACAGCUUUUACAAGGAAAUGAAAGGGGUUGGGCAACAAGUACAUCCCCAACAGCUUAUUAUGACCAAGAAGAAUAUACACCAACACAUGGCAAGAAAUCAGUUAUCUCCAAAGUGAAAGAAAAGGCAAAGAAACUCAAACACUCUUUAAGUGGCAAGAAGAACCGGCAUGAAAAUGAUGUCCAUGAUGAUAACAGCACACCUUCAUGGGGUGUUACCUUGGAGGACGAUGAUGAUGAUGAAGAUGGAGAUCCUGAAUAUCUUGGCGCUCCAAUGUAUGAAUCAGAACUGGCACCUGAGCCGUUGAAAGAGGCUGCACGACAACAUCCACGAGCAGAUCCCGUGCUAUCCGAGAAACAUGUUCUUCCCAACAAUAUCAAAAGCGAUCUGGUUAUUGAACACGAUGAUAAUUCCGAGAAAUUCCCUGAUAGCCCCAGUAAAACCAUAACAGAAACUGUCACAGAGAAACUUGCACCAGCUUAUGCUGCAGUAUCUGACGCAACACACGCUAUUGCUACUAAGAUCUCAAACCUCACUCUAACAAACACCGAUAACAAAGAACCUGAGAUCCAAAACGUGCCAAAAACUGGUCAAUUUGCUGAUGAGAGUAAUGUGAAUAAGUUGGGAGAAAAUGUAGAGCAAAAUGCUAGUGCUCUUACCAGCCCAACACAAAAAUGGGACAAAGGUGUUUCAGUGAAGGAGUAUUUUGUUGAAAAGUUUGAGCCUGGUGAAGGUGAAAGAUCACUUUCACAGAUCAUUACUGAGGCUAUGAGCCCUAGGCAAGCAGCUUCCGACGAUAUAGGUAUAGUGGAGAAGAUGAAGGGAGCAGUAACAUCGCUUAUUCGGUCUGAUGAAUCCCCCAAAACACCAAAUAAUAGCAUCAAAUCAUCAGCUUCCAACAAUCCCAUUUCUACAAGUGCCUUAUUGUCUCCUAAGAGCACGAUUAUUUCCACUAAUGAUAAUUUGCCCGAGGAUAAUCCCAUUUCUAUGCCUCAUAAGAGUCCCAUGUCUACUACUAAUAAUGAACCUGCAUCAUUAGCACAACUUCCUGAAUUCCACAGUGCAAGAUCAUCACCACUCAUUCCUAUCUCCACCAGUGUUGAUGAAGUUGUUGAGGAGGAACAAAGCCAUGGAAGAAUUCUCCAACCAAACUGAAAUGGGAAAUGGUUACAGACAACUCCAAAUAAAGAAUCAAUCUACUGAUUCUAAUUUGGUUUUGUGAAUUAAUAAGCAAAAUAAAGAAAGAACAUCUAGCAUUUUGUUUUGAUUUUGAGAUAUGCUGCUGUUAUAUCAGCAGCAAGUUCUAAUUUGUACCUAGUCAUUAAGAAAACUCUAUAAGGAGUUUAGUAGUAGUAGUACAUUUAGAUGCUGGGAUUAAGGAUGGAAAAGCAGUAGCUGGCACAAUGACAUUAAACGUUGAGAUGUAUGUUAAAAUGUGUGAAAUAAUAUGUUACAUUACAAUAAUACAUUGUGGUAGAUUCUUAAAAUUGUCUUAUGUUGCUAAAUUUUGACGUCCUUUAUUGAAGAAUGUU